CGGAGAAAUACUCCCCUCGCAUAGUACGGUCCAAACACAGGUGACGUCAUCAGAAGGAAGCAAAAUGGCGACAAAACAGCACCAGAAAGACGGAACAGCAACAAUGUUUUGGUUCAUGGUCGCUGUUGUCGGCCUCUGUACAGCUGAGGUCAACUUCAUCCGAGAUGACCUCCCGUUUGAGUUUGCCACACGUGAUGAGGACAGCACCUGUCAGCAACCCAAGAAGGUUGGAAACUGCAAGGCUGCCUUUCCUCGGGUGUUCUUCAACAGCCAAACCGGGCAGUGUGAGAACUUCAUCUAUGGAGGCUGUGGAGGUAACGACAACAACUUUGAAACCGCGGAGGAAUGUGAAAACACUUGUGGACGUGUCCGUGGAAAGAGAGCAGCUAUUGUAAAGAGAAGUGAAGAGACUGUGGAUCAAGACAUCUGCACACUUGAGCCUGACAUCGGGCCCUGUCGUGCCAUCUUCACAAAGUUCUAUUACGACGGGGAGUCCAAGACCUGUAAGAAGUUCCAGUAUGGAGGAUGUGGAGGCAACAAGAACAGGUUUGAGAGUGAAAAGGACUGUAUGAAGAAAUGCCAGCCUUUGCCAAUGAAGAAGGGAGAGCCCCUAGAAGCCACAGGCUGUACCUGCACUGUCCGUAACUGUGGCUGCUGUGCUGAUCUUGUGGUGGAGAAAGUUGGACUCAAUGAUACAGGUUGCCUGAACGUGACCUAUGACCCAGACAACUUGGCCGUCUCCAUCCUUUUCUCCUUGGAUGGGAAGAUCCUUGUCAAUCAGUCCCUGUCAGUGCGCAACCCCCCUCCUGUCUGCUUUGGAGUUCCAUUCCUCCAUGACUACGUCAGUCUCUGUCUCAAGUUCUAUGACAUGAACUAUUCCGUGGCCAAGAUGUCCGGUUGUGCCAAGGUGCAGGUGAAACUGUACCAUGUGGUGUCUGAGGAGUUCGACCUGGGGUGCUUCAAGCUGGGACCAGGCAAGGGUCAGCAUGGGGAGGAGGAUCCACACAGGAAGUACAUGCUGAAGGACAACAAGACCUGGGACUGAUGGACCUUAUAUGUUAACUUAUAGAGCAUUUUCAUGAUGGCACUGGGAUACCAACAUGGAGGCAGACACAGAUAUAUGUAUUUAAGUUAAUCAUAGAUCAAACCUUCUCAAGUAAUGUUGUUCACAGAAGACAAAUUUUAGACAGAUGUUUAAAAUGUUUAAAAACACAGUGUUUCAUGCUUGAGCUAUUGACAGUUCAUUGAAGUGAGAUGAAGGACAUUAACAUGGCAGUCGGGAGCCGGCUCACUUCAUUGAUAAGAAAUGUUAGAGAAAAUGCUCUAUACUUAGCGAGGUCCCAUACAGUUGUGUUGUAAAUUUGUGAGAGUCAGUCAGAGUAUUAUUAUUUUAUUGUAUCCUGUUGCACAUGUGUAACAACCUACAGCUAGACCCCCUGUGUCAUGUCAAGAACAACAAGUACCUGACACUUGUAUCCUGCAUUGUUUAGCUUUGGUCCACUUGGACACUGUAACCCCUGGCAGGGCUGGAUACCAGGCUAGAGAGCUACAGCAUUAACAAGACUCAAGCAAGGGUAUAGCUAAUGUUAGAUGUGCAUUGUACAGCUUCGGCCUUAAGCAAGGGGAUAGCCUGCUGACCACUCUGAACUCUGCUGGCUUAAUAUUACGCCACAUUUCACCCUAGAAAAGAAACACUUUAGAGUUCAGAAAUGAAAAGAAGAAUAUGGCCUGAAGAGAUAUGUUAUAUUGUACAUUUACUGUUUCAGCUUCCUACAGUAAAUUUGAAGUGGUUCAGGCAUAUAUGUGUUGCAGUUUUGUUAAAAAAAUGUUCUAAGACUAUAUAUGUGUCAGCUGAGGUUGUUGUGCAAUACCAACUGUUGAUUUGGUAAGGGCCUGUAAGAUUUGUACUGUACCAAGGUAUGAGAUUAUCAGAGGUAAAUGUCAAGAACAUUGAGUAUAGUAAAUGUAUAUUUUGGAAUGUGUAGGAUUUAUGGAAAAGAAGUCAGGUUGUAAACUAUUUGCAAUGCAUUAUGGUGUGCACAUUCAUAAAGGAGCUGUUGAAAGGAGCUUUGAUAUUUAUAUAUGAAGGAGGAAAAUUUUUGUUAUUGCCACCACUAGAAUAUAUUCCAGUAUUUUUUGCAGUACCUGGUUAGUUGUGAAGAAUAUUUAAAUGACAAUGUACCAUUACUCACUCAGACCAUUGGGUUCUUUUUAUGUUGCAUUUCAGAUAACAUUUUUGUAUCAGAUAAGUUAUUUUUGUUAUUGUUUUGUUUGUAUUUCUUUCUAAACCAUUCUUUAGGGUACUUUUUUUUUAUUGUAUGCAGGGUAAUAGUGCCUUUAUUUUGUGUUAUUGACAGAUACUGGUAAGGCUAAGGCUGAGUAGCUUCAUGCAACAUCUAGUACUGGUACUGGUACAGAGGUGUAAAAACAGGUCCAAAUCUGUACCUGUAGAAUUCAACAAAGUAACCUGUGGUCCACAAUGAUGACAGAAACUGAAAACUGAAUAUUUACUUAGUCUUUUAUUAUCUCAGACAAAGACUUGAUACCCUCAUAAGGGUUACCAAUUCAGAGAUAAUGCUGAUUUUGUCACCCGCUCAAUUUUUCUCAUCUUUUUUCAGUGCCAACACUUACUUUGGUAGCAUGAUUCUAAACAAGAAAAUAACUAUUAAUAUUUUCUUCUAGCCUUCAGAGACCACUUACUGACCAUGUUUAAAUUGCAUUAAACAUUACAAUAUUGGAAUAUCUUAAUGUAUGAUGUCAUGAUGGUGUCACUUGUUAUCACCGAAGGGUGUGAAACCUUACAGUACCUGCUUAUAUGCUGCUGCUUCUAUGUCAGAUGUGUAUGUUAACCCAAGAUCAAGAACCAAAUAAAGUCGGUUGUGUACUA